AUGGCAAACCAGAGGGCGACAUGGACAUGGGAUGAAGAGAGGAUCUUUGAGAGUGCUCUAUUAACCUAUGUAGAAGGAACACCUAAAAGAUGGAAAAAGAUUGCGAAGUUAAUUUCUGGAAAAUCAGCCAAGGAUGUUGAAGAACAUUAUCCCAUUUUGUUGGCCAAAAUAGAAGCCAUGGAAAGUAACAUUACUCAGUUGCAAACCAACACAAAUGAUGCUUCGUCUUCGCAGCGUAUUGAAGAGAAGGAAGUGGGCUCAGUUUGGGAUUUGGAUGAAUUGGUUUCAUGCUCGGAAAGAACGACAUGGACAUGGGAUGAAGAGAGGAUCUUUGAGAGUGCUCUAUUAACCUAUGUAGAAGGAACACCUAAAAGAUGGAAAAAGAUUGCGAAGUUAAUUUCUGGAAAAUCAGCCAAGGAUGUUGAAGAACAUUAUCCCAUUUUGUUGGCCAAAAUAGAAGCCAUGGAAAGUAACAUUACUCAGUUGCAAACCAACACAAAUGAUGCUUCGUCUUCGCAGCAGCGUAGAGAAGAGAAGGAAGUGGGCUCAGUUUGGGAUUUGGAUGAAUUGGUUUCAUGCUCCGAAGUAUAUCAUGCUUUAAAUAAAUAUAAUUAA